GUGGCCAACCUGCUGCGGCUCUUCCAGAUCCCGCAGAUCAGCUAUGCCUCCACCAGUGCCAAGCUCAGCGACAAGUCCCGCUACGACUACUUCGCCCGCACCGUCCCACCAGACUUCUACCAAGCCAAAGCCAUGGCGGAGAUCCUACGCUUUUUCAACUGGACCUACAUCUCCACCGUGGCCUCGGAGGGUGACUAUGGGGAGACGGGGAUUGAAGCCUUUGAGCAAGAAGCCCGCAUGCGCAACAUCUGCAUUGCCACCUCGGAGAAGGUGGGGCGCUCCAUGAACAAGAAGACCUAUGACGGGGUGGUCCGGGCUCUGCUGCAGAAGCCAAAUGCCAGAGUGAUUGUGCUGUUCACCCGAAGCGAAGAUGCCCGGGAGCUGCUGGCGGCUGCCCAGAGAGCCAACGUGUCCUUCAUGUGGGUGGCCAGCGAUGGGUGGGGAGCCCUGGAGAGCGUGGUGGCCGGGAGUGAAGCAGUGGCGGAGGGAGCAAUCACCAUUGAGCUGGCAGCCUACCCCAUUAAGGAGUUUGCUGCCUACUUCCGUAACCUCAACCCCUACAAUAACAGCCGAAAUCCCUGGUUUCGGGAGUUUUGGGAGCAGAAGUUCAAGUGCAGCUUCCACAUGCAGGACUGUAGCCGGUACUCCCUCAAGACAGGCAAGUUUGAGCCAGAGUCCAAGAUCACGUUCGUGGUCAACGCAGUCUAUGCUAUGGCUCACUCUCUCCACAACAUGCACCAGGCGCUGUGCCCCAACGCCACCAAGCUCUGCGAUGCCAUGAAGCCUGUCAAUGGCAAGAGGUUCUACAAGGACUUUAUGCUCAACGUUAAUUUUGAUGGUGAGUCCAGAGAUGGAGAUGGGGUUUGGCUGCCUAGCGGGAAAGGGAUGGGUGGAGGGGCAGGGAAAG